AUGAAAGACACUAACCUUGAUAUAACGCAAAUUAUAACCAAAGAAAAAAUUUCUCAACCCCCUUGGGCCAGCUCAUAUCUAAUUAAUACUGAACUCAGCUGUCUUUUCAAACACCAAACCUCGCCAAAUAUUUUCAAAAGUUUCUUUAAAAGCAUUAUAAGUAACUACAAAGACUUCCAGGAAGUAUACACUGACGGUUCAAAAACUCACGAAGGUGUAGGAUUCUCGAUUAUAUUCCCAAAUAAAAAAAUUAUACACAAACUACCUUCGGAUUGCUCCAUAUUCACAGCCGAAGCUAUAGCCAUCCUUAUGGCUAUUGAGGCUAUAUUACAAGAAGCUCAUUCGAAAUUCAUCAUUCUCAGCGAUUCAUUGAGCACUAUAAGAAGUCUGCAGAAUUUUUUCAAUCCCGGUGAUAUUGCAUCUAAAAUUUUGAACAACCUCAAUCUAGCUUCCGGUCUGGGUAUAAAUAUCGUUAUCAUGUGGAUACCCGGACACUCGGGUAUAAUAGGCAAUGAAAUAGCCGAUGAACAUGCCUCAAUUGCCAUCAAUAACAAAGAUACCGUCUUAAUUAAUAAAAUGUCAUUCGACGACGCGAAAAAACUCAUAAAUGAACGUACAAAAUAUAAACGGCAAAAAAUCUGGAACAUACAAAACACAAAACUAAAUGAAAUAAAAAGAGACAUACAUCGUUGGAUCAAUCCUAACCUCAACCGUAAAGAAGAUACGGUUCUCAAUAGACUCCGUUCUGGUCACACCAGAAUUACUCACGGCUUCCUGAUGGCAAGAGAGGAACCCCCCAUCUGUCAAACCUGCGGAACCUUGUUAACAGUCAAACACCUAAUAGCCGACUGUUUAAUGUUCAACCAAGAACGGGCCGAGCACAAGAUAUCCUACAACCUAGACGCUGCACUUGGACUCAACCAAAAAAAAAAUCUGGACCUAAUUAAGUUUCUGAAACAAACUAAACUUUUCAAUCUUAUAUAAAAAAAAAUUACUAUUAUUAGCACUUAUUUAGUAUUAUAAGCUUAUUUGUAACUAAUGGCCAUUGUUGUCGAUGUU